AUGUCGGUUCAACUAUCACCCUCAACUGCACUUGUAUUCCAACGUCCUCUCCAUGUUCUAUCAAAGGAAAUCUUGAUACUUAAGAAUCCCGGUGCAGAGCCAAUAAUAUUCAAAGUCAAGACUACUGCACCAAAACAAUACUGUGUUCGUCCUAAUGCAGGCUAUAUUGAUCCUUAUUCUGAAAUUGAAGUACAAGUCAUCUUACAGCCUUUUAAAGAAGAGCCUCCGUUAGAUUAUCGGUGCAAAGACAAGUUUCUUAUUCAAACAAUUGCUCUUGACCCUUCUAUCAACGAGAAACUUCCAUUGGCUGAGAUUUGGCACACACUAGAGAGUCGAGACAAAGGGGCAAUUCAUCAGCACAAACUUCGAUGCAUGUUUUUGAGUCCUAAAGAAGCAGAAAUCCAUCGUUUGAGCGAGGCAGGAGGAGCACCAGGAGGAGAAGAGUCUCCUCAACAGUCUUCAGAACUUCCAAAUGCUGUGCCAGUAGGACCACCACCAGUCUAUUCACUAACAGACUCAAACCCAACGGCUGUCGUGCCAACAACCAAUGGUUUGGAGGAAACAAAGGCCAAAUUGGAAGAGGAGCUAGUGGAAGCAGAAGAAACUAUCCGUAGUCUAAUCCGUCAGAUUGAGAAGCAAAGACAAGCUCCUGUGAGGUCAACGUCUUCCAAGAAACUGCCAUCAGUUGUUCAGCCAUUGGAUGCAGUCCAUCGUCAUUUGGCUCAACUUGAAAAGGGCCGGACAACCGAAGGUUAUCCUCCUCAGGUUGUUUUAAUGUUGGCCAUCGUGGUGUUUUUGAUUACUUUGAUCUUCUUUUGA